UGAAUAAUAAUUUUGAGACGGAGGGAGUAUUAUUUUUGAGAAAUGAAGAUUAUCAAAUGCGUAAAAUUUACAAGCGGACGUAAUAAAAAAUAAUAAUAAUAAUAAUUACAAACGAAGCGUAAGCAACAUAUUUUGUUUGGACUUCGGAUACUUCCUACACAUGUCUAGCAACUAAAGGAUCAUUCACAUGUCUUUUCUCUUUUCUUCUAAUUUCUUAUAGUGAGCAUAUUUUACACAAGUGGAACUUAUGAAGAUGGAGCAUCCACACUCUUCUUCAGUUUUUCAAAUUUCUAACGAAGGUCGAAAUGUUACAUUACAAAUUAUUUAUCUUGAGUUUUUAAGUAUUUUAUGCUACUACUAUUUUGCCCAAAUGUACCCGUAUCGUUCGUAUUAUUCUAUGACUAGUAUACAGUAAAAUUCAAAGUAAUUUACUUUGAACUCAGCAAAAAUACUUGAAAAAUGGAAAAAAAAAAAAAAAAAAAAAGUUUAGUUGAGCAAUAUAAGUCAUGACGUCACAUAAUUCAAAAUCAGAAGAGUCGGAGUCAAAGGGGAGGCCACUACCAGUAGUAACUUCCCGAGUAUUAAUCACCACCGCCCGCGGCGGCGCUUUUAAGCAAUUCAAGCUUUGCUGAUGGCUCAUCCUCCGCCUUACGAUCCCUACUUCUUGGCGCAACCUAUACACGAUAAUUACAUUUAUACCACCAUCCCGGUCGCCGGUACCAACGACCUUAACGGCGGCGGCAUUAACACCCUGUUCGUGUCGGGGCUCCCGGAUGACGUCAAAGCCCGUGAAAUACAUAACCUCUUUCGCCGCCGCCCUGGCUUUGAAUCCUGCCAGCUCAAAUAUACCGGCCGCGGCAACCAGGUUGUUGCAUUUGCUACCUUUUUAAACCAUCAAACGGCCAUGGCAGCUCUGCAUUCACUAAACCAGGGCGUAAAGUUUGACCCUCAAAGCGGAUCCAGUUUGCAUAUUGAGAUGGCUAGAUCAAAUUCAAGGAGAAAAAAUAAACCAGGAAGUGGGCCUUAUGUUGUCAUUGACAACAGAACUAAAUCUUCUUCCGAUGCCCAUGAGACAUCAAGUGAUGAUGGGGAAAGUGAUGAUCCAUCAAGAUCAAAUAAUCUUGAUUCUGUGGAGAAGGAUGACUCUGUUGUGGAUAAAAGUGAGGUUGCAGCUGAAGCUGAUAAUGAUGUCGCUCCAGAUAAUGAGCAAACUGAAAAACUAGUAGAUAGUUCACAGGCAUGUUCAACUCUGUUUAUUGCAAAUUUGGGUCCCCUUUGCACAGAAGACGAACUAAAGCAAGCUCUUUCUCAAUAUCCUGGAUUCAAUUCACUUAAGCUGCGUGCCAGAGGGGGAAUGCCUGUUGCAUUUGCUGAUUUUGAGGGAGUGGAACAAGCAACAGUGGCAAUGGAUGCACUUCAAGGAAGCUCACUAGACUCUUCCGACCGGGGUGGCAUGCAUAUCGAGUAUGCAAGGUCUAAAAUGAGGAAGCCAUAGAAGACCUUCCAAGGUUUUCCGCAUAAAUGGGAUGAAUGAUCAAAAAAAUGCAAAGUUCACUUCCGUUAGCUCGUGUAGUAAUAUUGAACACUUCGGUGGUUAGAUGUUGUGAAUAUUGCAACUUUCAAAUGUAAAAGCUGUCUUUGACAUUUUUUAUUUUUCCUCUCGAGAGAGCGUUAGCCAAGUAUCAGUAAAUUGAACACGUAGGUGUAGGGUGCCAGUUUGUAUGGUAACUUUCCAAUGUACAAGCGUUUUCUGCUUGAGAAAUCAACAGAGAUUUGAUCGGUGCACCGUUUUCUGCUCUCCUUUUCCUUUGCUUGCUGAACAACAUUCUCCAUAUUCUGCUUUCUCAACAAUCGAGUUACAUUAAACGACAUUUUUGUGCCUUCUAAAGUUCGAUUGGCCUGUAUGAUCUAUCGACAAACCUUAAUGAGCCUGUUACCAGCCCUAACAAAUUAUAAAAUUUUAACUUCAAGUUGGGCAGGGGCCGCGCGAACGCAGGCCCCCACUGCCACAAAUUAUGACGUAGGCUCCACCCAUUUGGGUAGACCUUAGGCGGG